GGGGGGCGGCGGGGCCGCACGUGCCGGUGGAGGAAUGCGGCGGGGCCGGCCCGGGGCGGGGCGGGGAGUGGCGGCGCUCGGCCAUGGGGCGCCCGGUGCUGCUCGCCGCUGCCGCCGCGCUGCUGCUGCUGCUGCUGCUGCUACCGCUACCGCCCGGGACCGGGGCCGCCGUGACCCGCCUCCGGGUCUCCGCCAACUUCGAAUGCCGGGCCACCGCCGACAGGACGCUGAACCGCCCCCGCUGCCGCCGCCCUUCCCGCCCAGGGCGGCCGCUGGAGCCGCCCGCCCUGUCGCUGAGCCGUGCCCGGCUGUGCCUGCCCGCGCAGCCCUGCCAGCCCUGCCUGCGGGUGCGCCUGGCCCUCCCCACCUCAGAGCUCGGCGGUGUCCGGGGACUGCAGCUCACCUUCCUGGAGCUGAGCUCCAACCGGGCUGGCUGGCUGCAGGUUUGGCAGCGACGCCGGGUGUUGGGCAGCUCAGCGUGGCAGGUGCAGUUCGACUGCUUCCCGGCAGAGAGCGGGCAGCAAGUCCUCGUCUCCCUUCGCACCAUCCCAGAUCGGGGUUUCGCCCUAAGCUGCAGCCAUCUGGUCACCGAGGAGCCACCUGCAGGGCCUGUCUUUACCCAUGCUUGGGUCCCUGAGGUGCAGGCCAUUGAGGUAUGGGUGCCCGCGGGUCCCGCCCUCAUGGUGCGGCUGUGCCACCAGCUGGCCCUGGAGUGUGAGGAGCUGCCCCGGCCCUUCCACCAGCAGGUGCUGGUGCCAGGAGGCCACCAUAUCUCACUGCGGUAUGAAUUCCUGGUGCCCUGCCUGUGCAUUGAGGCCUCCUACUCCCACCAUGACAGCCUAAGGAGCAAACAGUGCCCGUUCCAUGACCGACCAGAUGCCUAUGGUCCUGAGCUGUGGUCCUCAGUGCGCUUCCACGACUACAGCACCAGCAGCAAGGACCAGAUGGCGAUGGAGCUGAAUGCCACCUGCCCCCUGCACCCACAGGCCACCCUCUGCUGGAGGGAGGCACCAGAUGAGGCUGCACCCUGUCAUGACAUCCCCAAUUCCACAGCCAGUAAGGAUGGGCAGGUGUACAUAUUGGACAAGGUGGACGUGCACCCCCAGCUCUGCUUCCGAUUCUCCUACAAGAAUAGCAGCCAUGUGGAGUGUCCCCACCAGCCAGAGACUGCCUGGAAUGUUUCAGUGAGUGUGUGGGGGCUCCAGCUACGCCUGCACCUUACCUCCCGCAUCCCUGCAGCCUUCAGCGCAGCCCUGUGCCAGCGCCGGGGUGGGCAGUGUGAACCUGAGGCCCCACUCUACACUGUCACACAGCCAGAGGGCUCUGCUCCAGGGGAGUUGGCGCUGCUGCUGCCAGUGCAGAUCCUGGGCAGCUGCGUGCUGGUGUGGCGCUCGGAUGUGCAUUUUGCUCGGAAGCAGCUGCUCUGUCCCGAUGUCUCCCGCAGGCACUUUGGGCUGCUGGGGCUGGUACUGGCACUGGGACUGGUGGUGACUGUGCUACUCCUCAACUGCCGUGGUGCCUGGAGGCCAGAUGAUGGUGUCCCUGGCGGGCGCCCUGUACUGCUGCUGUACUCGCCAGACUCAGAGGAGCACCUGGGGCUGGUGUGUGCCCUGGCCGAGCGGCUGCGUGCAGGGCUGGGCUGCGAUGUGCGCCUGGACCUGUGGGAAACGGGUGGCUUGGGUCAGGCGGGCGCCCUGCCCUGGCUCUACGCCCAGCGGGGCCGCGUGGGCCGCCAGCGUGGCACCGUCCUCCUCCUCUGGAGCCAGGGCAGUGCCCGGCUCUUUCAUCGGUGGCAGGUCGGGAUGGCCGACGGGACGCCUGGGGAUGCCCAUGACAUUUUUGGGGCAGCCAUGGCAUGCCUGCAUGGGGAGCUGGGGGCGGCGGGCCGGGGCGGCGGGUGGGUCCUGGCAUACUUCAGCCGGCUCUGCAGCCCCCACGAUGUCCCCCGACCCCUUCGGCCCCUGCCCACCUACCGCCUGCCCCGACAGCUGCCCGGUCUGCUGGGUGCCCUGCGGGGCAGCCCCCCGGCCCCUCGCCGCUGCCGUCGGGACAGGGUGGGGGGCCUCUUGCAUCGGCUGCUGGAGGUGGGGACUGGGGAGGGCAGCCCCCCGCCCCGGCCUCCCGGGGCAGCUUCUGGCACCUGAGUGUCCAGGCUGGGCGUGGCUGCAGGGAGAGCAGGGCUGGGCCCGGCUCCUUGGUGAACGCAGGGCUUCUGCCAGGAAAAAGCAGGGCUCAGGUGAGCCCGGGUGUGCCCACUGCGGCGGCAGGAGGGGUACCCAUGGGUGCCCCGGGAA